GAAAGGGAGACGGGGAAAGAAAUACGGGAUAGAGGGGUAGAGAUCGGACGGGAGAGAGAAACUGCAUGGGAGUCUCUCCAAUUUGAUAGGAAGAGUGUAGAAUAGAAGAGCGGACUGGUGGUGCAUGCACUAAGCAUAGCCUCUCGAUCAGAGCACUUGACUGCGCUCAUUCAAGAAAAACACACGCAUACAAAAACAGACACACACACAGGGGAAGGAGCUGGGAGCCGGGAAGGCAACUCAGGACGAGAAAAACCGAAUGGGGCAAAACGCGUGAGUUUGAGAACCAACAGAAGUCGCAAGGGGGAGCGGGGGUAUUCCAUAGGGGUGGGGAGGGGGGGGCUCCAGACAAGCGCCAGCCAGCCAGCCAUGGGAAGCAGAGAGGCGGGAGAGAGAGAGAGGGUAAACCAGAGGAACGUGUACCCAGCAGGACACAGACCCUCACCAGCAGCCUUGCAGCUUCCCAACACCAGACGACCACUUAUCCCAGAGAUGACAAGCGGGAUGAGAGGGGGCCGGAUAGCUAGCUCUUGCUCCUGAGCUGUUUAACCAGGGGUGGGAGGGGGGGUUGCAGUCUAUAAAUGUGGUCGUUGCGGAGGACCAUGGGGCCGGGUCCAUUACGGGGUGGCUGUUUGCUCAGGUGGCUGGGGUUGAAAAUAUGCCGCAGGAGCACGCUGGUGUUCGCCCUGCUCUGGUUCGGCACUUGGGUGUUCCUCAAUGGCUUGGUGUUUGUGCACCGGACCAUCCUCUCCGACUACUGCACGGAUGACAAGAGCAAGAGGAUACUGCAGAGAGUGUGUGAGGAGUACCGCGAGGGCUCCCUGACUGGUGACCUCUGCGAGGACCUGUGCGUGAGCGGCCAGGUGGAGUACAAGCGCUGCCUCUACUACGAGAAUGGCAAGAAGGUGAUCGAGGCUCGGUGGCGUGGCACUCCUGUGGUGCUCAAGUCCAAGCUGGAGAACUUCUCCUCCUACGAAAGCCUGGGCCUCCUGGAGUACCAGGACCCGGCCGAGGAGCUCGCUCCCCUGGACGUGGUCUUCUAUGCCACCCUGGAGAUCAGGAACUCCCUGGGGCUGGACAUGGGUGGCAACGCCUCGCUGCCACCGCUGUGGGGCCAGAGGCUGAGGGAGCGUGGGCGGCCCUACUCGCGGGCAGAGCUGGCAUCGCUUUGGUCCCUGCUCCAGCAGGAGGAGUACGUCUUCCUGAGGGUGCUGCAGGACCUCAGCCGCCACGUGGCCAAGGUGCUGGGUUCCUGCGGACACUUCUACGCUGUUGAGUACUUGUCGGCGGGCCACGCCUGGGACCAGAACAUCUUCUCUCUGGAGGAGUUAUCGGCGGGCCCAUGGACGGCAAGGGACAUGGUGCACCGCAUCGCCCUCAGCUUCCUGGACAUGGCGUGGCGCUUCGACAAUGACUUCUCACACCGCCUCCAUCUGUGCGACAUCAAACCAGAGAACUUUGCCAUCCGGAAGGACCUUACGGUGGUGGCUAUAGAUGUGGACAUGGCUUUCUUCGAGCCCAAAAUGCGAGACAUCCUCGAGCAGAACUGCACUAAUGACGACGACUGCAACUUCUUUGACUGCAUCUCGAAAUGCAACAUGAAGACGAACAAGUGCAGCUCAAAGCGGAGGAAUAGCAACCUGCAGGUGAUCUGUCAGAAGAUCUUCAGGCCCUGGUUCUCUCCCACACUGCUGGGCGCCAAGGCGGGCCUCCCCCUCCAGGUGGACCUCCAGCGGGCGGUGCAGGAGUGCGCCGAGACGCCCUGGGGAGAGGAUGAGGAGCGUCCCCAAGCCGUCCAGAAGCGCUUGCUGCACCUCCUUACGCGCCUUCUCCACCAAGGGACCUCCUCUGAGCGUGGGGGCGCAGAUGGAGAGGGCAUUCACUCCCACACAGCUCUUAACUUCUGAGACAUUGCACUGUUCACUCUCACAAAAACUAUACACUGAAGAAAACAAUCAUAUUGCCUUCAUGAGAGUUAUUUAAAGUGUCUAGAUGUUUUGUGAUGUGAUUCCUGCGGACUGAUACUGGUUGUUGAUGUAACAAAAGAUGCACUGAUGGUGGUAGUACUGACUAUGUGUCUUUAGUACCUACUGUAAGCAGACAAUGGCAGUUUCUGAGGUAUAACUGAAGCAUCUGCUAAUAAUUGGUGGUCUAUCAAGCAAGUGGUUCUUAUUUGAGUUAUCAUUACAUUAAAUAAAUGCAGAUACUUUCUUUGAA